GCGCCGCGCCGGUCCGCGUUCAGUCAGUCAGUCUGCAAGCGGGCGCGGAGGGAGAACCAUGUACGUGUGUGCGUGACUGUGACAAGCGUGCUUGUGAGCCGAGCCGCGCGGGACGAGCCACACGGACGAGAACAUUGUUGAACCGUGUCAUUUAUUUUUGAUAACCCAGUGUUUUGGUUUUAUAAAACGUUAGGUUAUUUACCAUUGCCAUUUUAGUCGAUUCUCUUCUCCCGCCCUGUGUUGUUGUUGUGGUCUCGUGGAUUUGGAUUAUCGCCCGACUUCGACGCCCUCAUCAGUGCUUGUGUGUGUGUGUGCCAGUGAAGUGUGUGUGUCUGUGUGAAUUGUGCACCGUUCAUCAGCCUUCCUCGCCUUGGAUUAAAGUGAUACAGUGUUGUGCUUCUUGGUGCUCUGGUGUGGCAAAGUGAAAAGACAUCGCAACAUGAAUCGUUGUUGAUGCCCAGUGGAUACCCUACCGCCACCGCCCGCCGCCCGAGUGGAAUACAGUGAUGAUGUGCCGGUGAAUUAAAUCCGUUUAAAUCUCAAAAUCAGCCAAAAUGUGCUUCCCUUCACUCGGCAAGAUGUGGAUUACCUUUGGAUUUCUCAUCAUCCUCGCCUCCCUCCAGCUGGUGUCGGCGUCUGGCGUGUUCGAGCUCCGGCUCAAGUCCUUCAUCAACGACUACGGCAAGGAUGCGGUGGGGCUCUGCUGCUCCGGGGAGACGACGGAGACGUGUACGGCGCCGUGCCGGACACGCUUCCGCGUGUGCCUCAAGCACUACCAGCAGCGCGUCGACACCACCAGCCCCUGCACCUUCGGCGACGUGGUCACGCCCGUGCUCGGCGACAACUCGCUGCAGCUGGACUCGGGCGCGGCGGCGGCCGUCGACGGCUUCAACAACCCCAUCAGAUUCCCCUUCGACUUCACUUGGCCGGGUACCUUCUCCCUGGUUGUGGAAGCCUGGCAUGACACCAACUCGACCUCGAGAUCGGCAGGCAACUCCAAGACGCUCAUCGUGCGGGUGACGACGCAGCGCUGGCUGGACGUGGGCGCCGGCUGGACGCCCGCCGAGCACCUGACGCCCAACGCGGCGCUGCUGUACGAGUUCCGCGUCACCUGCGACGCGCACUACUUCGGCGCGGGCUGCGCCAACUUCUGCCGGUCGCGGGACGACGCCUUCGGCCACUACACCUGCUCGGCCGCCGGCAAGCCCGUCUGCAACGAGGGCUGGCAGGGCGACUACUGCACCAAACCGGUGUGCGCUCCCGGCUGUGACGAGACCCACGGCUACUGCAGCUCGCCCUUCGAGUGCAAGUGCCACCCCGGAUGGAAGGGCGCGCUGUGCGACGAGUGCGAGCGCUACCCCGGCUGCCUGCACGGGACGUGCCAGAAGCCCUGGGACUGCCUGUGCGACGAGGGCUGGGGCGGCCUGUUCUGCAACCAGGACCUCAACUACUGCACCAACCACCGGCCGUGCCGCAACAACGGCACCUGCUUCAACACCGGCCAGGGCUCGUACACGUGCUCGUGCCCGCCCGGCUUCACGGGCACGGACUGCGAGCGCGAGCUGGACGACUGCACGCACACGCCGUGCCGCAACGGCGGGUCGUGCGUGGACGCGGGCGCGAGCGCGGGCUUUCGCUGCGAGUGCCCCAAGGGCUGGCACGGCCGCCACUGCGAGACGUCGGCGCAGACCUGCGAGGACCAUCCCUGCCGCCACGGCGGCACCUGCCAGGACGUCGCCGGCGGCUACACCUGCCGCUGCCCUCCCGGCUUCAGCGGCGUGGACUGCGAGCAUCAAGUGGACGACUGCGCGCCCAACCCCUGCCAGAACGGGGGCUCUUGCGUGGACCGCGUCAACGGCUUCGAGUGCAACUGCCCGCCGGGGUUCUCCGGUGAGCGGUGCGAGACGAACGUGGACGACUGCGUCAACGACCCCUGCCUCAACGGCGGCACCUGCGUGGACCUGGUGAACCGCUUCCGCUGCCAGUGCGUGCCCGGCUACGUGGGGUCGCUCUGCCAGAGCAAGGUGGACUACUGCCUGGCCAAGCCCUGCUCCAACGGCGGCUCGUGCGUCGUCCUCAUCAACGACUACCGCUGCAACUGCCGGCCCGGCUUCACGGGCAAGGACUGCUCCGUGGAGGUGGACGAGUGCGCGUCGACGCCGUGCCAGAACGGCGGCACCUGCGAGAACCGCAUCAACAACUACCACUGCCGCUGCCCGCCCGGGUUCGGCGGCCGCACCUGUUCCGAGGAGGGAGGCUCCGUCAACAUCGGCGGCAACGUGUCGCGCCACGUGGCCUCGCUGGAGCAGCCCGCCGGCCUGAGCGAGGAGUACGUCGUGAUGAUCGUGACGCUCUCCGUGGCCGUGCCCGUCCUCGUGGUGGUGGCCGUCAUCGUGGUGUUCUGCCUCAAGCAGCGGCGCAAGCGGGAGCAGCAGCUCGCCGACGAGGAGGCGCGCAUGCAGAACGAGGUGAACGCCUGCCAGACGGGCAUCAAGCACCAGCGGCCCGGCGGCAACGGCGACGCGCACAUGAUCAAGAACUCGUGGGGCAGCAAGUGCGUCAACAACGUGCUCGGGGACAUCCCCGACGUGGUGGACGCGCACAGCCCCAGCCCCGUGGACCUGUGCUACGGCAGCAAGCAGAUGGACCUGGGCGGGCCCGUGGCGGUGCCCGUGUACACGCUCCAGCACAAGCAGCUCAACACGGCCAGGGCGUCCCUGCUCUCCGCGUCCAUCGCCAAGCUGGACAAGGAGCUGGACCCGUCGUCGACGCCGCAGGGCCGGCCGCGCAGCGCGCUGUGCCAAGUAACGCCGCCGCAGCUACCAAAGAGGAUAUCGGCGGUGCCCUCCGAGUGGUCAUCGCUAUGUAGUGCGAGUGAAACCUCGCCGUCGAAACGACCGCUGGAGAAGGAGGACUCGUGCUACUCAUCGUCGUGCACGCCGUCGACGCCGGGGACGCCCCCCAAGUCCGGCGCGUCGUCCGUGUUCGUGAUAAACAGGCACCACCCGGACGGCCUGCUGGCCACGCAAGUGUAGCCACUAGCCCACUAGCCCCUAGGACUGUGAAUGCGUGAAUGUGUGAGUGAGUGUGCGAUGCGCGCGUGUGUGUGUGUGAGACAGCUGACCAAACCAAGAGCACCUGUACAGUUAUUUAUUAUCGCUUAUGGUGUCGCCGUGGUCUCCGCUGAAGCUAGUCCAGUCUACAGCGAGUGACUGUUUGUACAUGCGGUGGACAUGAAGGUGGCGCCGCCGUGGCGGGGUGGGGACAUUUUCCACCCCGGUUUAGAUUGUUGAGACUGAACAGGGGGGUGGGGGUGCGGUGGGAGGCGAGGGCCGCCCUCACGGCCACCACAGCCCCGCGCCCCGACCGUUCACCCUAUUUUAGUAAUAACUACAGUGUAUGUGGAGUACAUGCAUACAUGUGUAUUGUGAUCAAUUCGAAACAAGACUAAGUCAGGUAUAUAUGUAUAUAUAUUUACAUAACACAUUUAUAUAUAUACAUAUAUAUUAUUAUUAUAUGUGCGUGUCUAUAGGGGAGAACUUUGUUAAGAUUUUUUUUGUUUUCAUUUUCUGUUUUUUUUUUUUUUGACAAUAAUGUCUCAUUUUUGAAUCAUUGAUGACUGACGAAAAAUGUUUGACAAAUGGCCAUUUUGAUAAUGUAUUUUUGGUGACUUGCUUGACAAAUUGUGCCAGUUAAAAUUUGUAAUUCUGUCAUAUGAUAGUGGUAUGAAAUUUUGGGGAUUUUAGACACAAACAAAGAUGUUAAGAUUUAUCUUAAAUGCCUACCAAUGUGAAAUGAAAAUUAUGUGGGAUUGAACAAAAUAUCAUGUUCCUGUUAUUUAUUGAGAAGCUAAGUCAUUUUGUGGGUGGUUGCGAACAUUGUAGUGUUGUGAUAUGGCAGGGGGGAAGGGGUGUAGGUGGGCAACAUGAAUGUUGCCAUAUUUCUUGUUAGCUUUGCCUCAAUGCAUCUUUUACCAGUUUCCUUGUUGCUUACAAUUUGUUUUUUGACAUGGUCAAAGUUGACAUCGAGAAACUCGCAGUUUACCACUUGAGUCUCUUGGCAUCAACUUGACCUACCUUUGCCAUGGCAGUAGACACUUCACUUUUUCUGAACUGUCUCCCGCUGUUGUUAAUUCAUAUCCCAUUUACUUAAUAUUGUAAUUUCCUAUUAUGGCGGCAAACCCCUUGUUUACAGUGUUUGGUUGCGAUAGAUCAUUGACGCUCAAAUUGUUGAAUUUUAAUUUUGACAAGCCGACAGUCAACUGUGAUCUCUCCUUAAUUUAUGUAUGGCGUCCCCAUCUCAGUUGCAGUGGACUGCAUAUUCGCCUUCACUGGAACGGCGAUGGCCGGCGCCCUUGUGAUAGGGUGGUGUUCUUAUUGUUGACACUUGUAUUUUAAAUUUUCACAUGUUGAGAAACUUGAUUCCUUGCAUUGACUGCCAUAAGUUGACUGUACUAGUAUUUAGGUCUGGUGAUAGAUGAGAUUUGAGAUAGGCAUAAUAGCUCCACCCACAUCACUAAAAUUGUGCCCUUGUACUUAAUGCAAAUUGAGCAAAUUGUACGAAAGGUAGCAUUCAUGUAUGUGUAUAUACUUAUAUAUAUGUGCGUAUAGAUACUUAUAUGUACAUAUAUAUAUAGAUAGAUAAAUAGGUUUAUGCUUCCAAACACAUGUAAAUGGUUAAUAUAUUAAGAAAUGUGCCCCUCUCCCCCUGAAAAGCUUUUUGUAAGAUAAUGUAUUUAUAAAGUGAUGAUGUAUAUAAAUGAAAAUAUUGUGAAUACUAUUAUGAAUUGUUCUUUUCUUCCAAUAAAAAACCAUUGUCUGUGAACCUUAAAAA